AUGUCGACCAUACGCCACGGGCUGCGGCAGACGCUCUGCCUGCGCCAGGCGGCGAAAAGCCAGCAUGCGAAGCUGCAAUGGCAACGACCGAGCAUUCAGGUCGGCAUCAAGUCCAUGUCGACCUCGACACCUAUCGAACCACCGAAAAAGCCCCCGGGAAACGCGCUUCCAGACCUCACAGCCCUCCCGCCAGGCUUCGAUAUAGAAAAGCUCACCAAGAGCAAACUCGCUAAGCCGCUAGAAGACCCAUUCCCGGGCAUGGUCCACGCCCGCGCCGUACCCGUCUCUCCGUCCUACUUCUCCAGGGAGCCUCACUUCAACGACUCCUUCAUCAAGUUCUCUCACCUCAUGGAGAAGUACCAACACCUCCCGCUCUCACCACCGGACAUGGUUCCCCGACAGCUGUGGAGGACGCUCAAGGGAUACCGCACGAUGCACGGAGAGCCGGUCAAGGCAAAGCCCUACAGCCAGCUUCUGGCCAUGAUCAAGCACCUGCACGCCAUCAUCCCCAAGCUGAUGCCCGAGGACGUCAAGCAUGCCCUGGAGGGGUUCAAGAGAGAUAUCGACCCGUUCAAGAACGUGGCCAAGGUCAAGCCCCUCGACAAACACGGACGUGCGCUGGGAAUCGGUCGGAGAAAGACGUCUAGCGCUCGUGCCUGGGUCGUUGAGGGCACCGGAGAGGUCCUGGUCAACGGCAAGCCUCUGAACGAGGUCUUUGGCAGGAUUCACGACCGCGAGAGUGCCAUCUGGGCACUGCGAAGCACAGCAAGGACGGACAAGUACAACGUAUGGGCGCUGGUGGACGGUGGUGGCGUCACAGGCCAGGCCGAAGCCCUGACUUUGGCAAUCGCCAAAGCGAUGUUGGUUCAUGAGCCCGACUUGAGGAGGUCGUUGAGAAAGGCUGGCUGCAUCACGCGCGACGCGAGAAGGGUGGAAAGAAAGAAGCAUGGUCACCUCAAGGCCAGAAAGUCGCCUACCUGGGUCAAGAGAUAG